AUAUAUAUACGACUGUAAUAUUGUUGUUUUUUCAGUAUGGAGAACUUAUAAUAUAAAGUUUUGCAGUUAAAACCGAAACCAAUGCCUAAAGAUUUAAAGUGGCCAUUCCCUGCUCACCCUGUCCCUGUUUGGUGGCGGUGGUCCAGCUUUUCCGUGGUCGCUUCAGUUUCACUCAUGAGCAAGUUUUGGUUUUCUUAUAUGAACACACUUAAAAUACACGGGGCGGAAAAGUUACACAAAGCAGUUUUCAAUCGACCAGCGACCAAUAGCUUAAUAACAGUAUCAAACCAUCAUUGUUGUGUGGAUGAUGCAUUACUAUGCGCUGCUUUACCUUGGUCUGCAGCUUUUAAAACAAAUAGUUUCCGAUGGACACUCGGUGCAAAAGACAUCUGUUUCACUAAAACUUGGCACAACUAUUUCUUUGGCAUGGGAAAGAUAAUACCACUAGGCCGAGGUGAGGGCGUAUUUCAACGUGGAAUGGACUUUGCGAUCGAUCGACUGAACAACAACGAGUGGAUUCAUAUUUUUCCAGAAGGUCGAGUCAACAUGGACAAAUCAUGGAUAAGAUUCAAAUGGGGAGUAGGAAGGUUGAUCAAUGAUUGUCAUCGCGUUCCAACCGUGCUACCAUUCUAUCAUGUAGGUUCUGACACUGUGUUACCCAACGAGAAACCUUACGUUCCAAAUAUACGCAAGAAAGUGACAGUUCUAAUUGGUGAUCCUUUAAACGUGGAACAUCAUUUAAACUGGUGUAGAGAGAAAGGCAUGAACGCAACUGAGAUUCGGAGAGUACUUACCACUUUUCUUCAAGAAGAAAUAGAGAAAUUAAGACUACCUGCAACUCAACUGCAUGAAAUGACAUCAUAGAAUUUAAUAACACCACAAACCUUGCUAUGCAAUAUGUUUAUGAAUGUCAGUGUUUUAAAUAUUUCAUUUGGUUGCUUACGCGUUUUUGGACAAAACUGUAUUAUUAAUUUAAAUCUGUUAAUUGAAAAAUCUAUGGAAUUUUUAAAAUUACUUUAGGUUACCACAUGGAACUUAGGCCAAAGCUACACUUCAUACACUUGGUGGAUUUGGUUACCCCAAAGUACUAAUUUUAAACUUUGUCUAUUAUGGGUGGGGUCCUGGGUCAGAUUUGGCCGUUACCCCAACCCUCAGAAAACUCUCAUGAUCAAUUCAAUACAAAUUUUAUACA